AUGUCAUCCCGCCCUUUUAACCCACUGCCUGUAUGCCCCAUCCCCAUUCAGUGGGAUGUGCCAGAACGUAUUGCAGAGCUGCAGGCCAUUAUUGAUGAUCCUGCCACCAGUGAAGCUCAGAAGACAAAUCUCCAGGCUGUAAUCAAACUCUAUCAUGACAAAGUGUUCCCAGGACCAUUGAAAUGGAUCCAGGAUGGCAAAGUUGUUCUUCUUAAGGAUAUCAAUUUUGACCGACCAUACUGGUCUGAGAAUGCCACUGCAUAUAUCCCCCAACCGAUCUUGAUAGGUCUGGGUACAACUGGUCGGGUCUUCCCAGAGAUGGGAUCCUGUGAGCGUCCUCACGAGUCAGGGGCUCAAGUUUCUGCUGUUGCUGUUUGCUUCGAAGAAUGGCUAUCAAACCAAGCCAGGCCAGGCCAGGAUAAGCUGUGGAUAAAGAUGCGUGCCGAAUCGGGGAUAUUCCCCCUGCCCGCACCGCCAGAAUACUACGGCUCGGCUUGA